CGCUCAUUGCCAACGACAACUUGCAGGCGACUUUGACACCGUCGGAUAGGCUUCAUUCACGCCAGUAAGCUACUGGCAGCGCGUAGCGAACCUCUACCAAAACCAUGCCCAUGCCGUCUCUCUAUUACGACUGGCUUUCCAGCGAUACUGCCCCUAUCGAUCUCUAUUGGCAGGCCGGCGCCCUUUUACUCUUUCUCACUCUAACCUAUCGAUUUCUCUCGUCCUGGGUUCAGACUGCUCCCACCGUUUCUCACACACCCUCAGUGCAAUCAACGCCUCAGCCAGAUAAAGAGGAAACAACCUCGACAAACCCCGCAAUCGACUCUCGUGUGAAGCAGCCCUAUGACGUCUUUCUGGUCCUUGACGUUGAAGCAACAUGCAAGCAGGGCUCAAACUUUGAAUGGCCCAAUGAAAUCAUAGAAUGGCCCGUGUGCGUAAUGAAGUGGAAAGACAAAUCUCCCAGCGGAAAGGCGAGGGAACUCUCCGUUGUAGAUGAGUUCCGCAGCUUCGUCCAACCCACAUGGAGACCCCAGUUAUCUCAAUUCUGCACCGAUCUUACGGGCAUCACACAGGAUCAAAUUAAAGAUGCACCAACGUUCCCUCGCGUUCUCAAGCAUUUCUCUAAAUUCCUCGCAGAACACGGUCUGAUCGACCCUAAAAAUGGAAGACCGGUUGCGCGAUUCUGCUGGUGCUCGGACGGACCAUUUGACAUCCGUGACUUUGUAGUGAAGCAAUGUUUCAUUUCCAAGAUACCGAUGCCGAUCUGGUUGAAAGGAGAUGUUAUGGAUGUAAGACGUGUGGUGUCGAUGGUCGCACAACCGCAUGAAGGAUCCUACAAAAGAAAUACAAGGCACUCAGCAAACGUGAACUACUUUCCUUUUAACAUCUCACAACAGCUUCGAGUUCUCGGACUACCAGCAUUUCAGGGCCGCCUCCACAGUGGGAUUGAUGAUUCUCGGAACCUUGCGCGGAUAAUUGCCGAACUCGCCCGACGAGACAUUCGUUUAGAACCGAACACACACAUCAAUCCCCGGAAGCGCUGGCCAUGGAUGGGAAAACCCGGACAAGUAUUGGAAGCUCACCUAGACUAGACACCUUGGCGAGCGCCUUGCCUUACCAUCCUGCAUAUGAUACCACUAAUCUCAAAAGAACUGGGUUUCAUUACGUUAGGUGGUACAAGAUAUCUACAUAAAUUGCUAUGAAAU